AUGUUGGAAGCCAAUGUCAUAGCCACCCCUAUGAUUAGUGGGUCAAUUGUGUUAGCAAGACAGGGUGAAUUACUUGCUGAUCCCUAUCUAUACCGUAGUGUGGUGGGUGCCCUACAAUAUGUGACAUUGACUAGACCCGAGAUUUCUUAUUCAGUCAACAAAGCCUGCCAAUUUAUGCAUGCUCCUACAUCUAUUCACUGGCAGYUAGUAAAGAGAAUACUUAGAUAUCUAAAAGGUACCUAUGACCAUGGCCUACUACUGACAAAACCUACUUUGAUGCAACUUCAAGGGUAURCUAAUGCAGAUUGGGCAUCAGACCCUGAUGACAGAAAAUCAACGUMUGGGUUUUGUAUAUAUUUGGGAGGAAAUCCAAUUUCAUGGGGUUCUAAAAAGCAAUCGAUAAUUUCAAGGUCRAGUACAGAAGCGGAAUAUCGUGCAUUAGCUCUUGCAGCUUCAGAAUUGGUUUGGUUAAAAACAUUGUUUCGUGAGUUGCAUAUUCCCGUUUUGUCGAAUCCCAUCCUCUGGUGCGACAAUCUGAGUUCAGUUCAUCUCAGCUCCAAUCCCAUUCAAAAAACGAAACAUGUUGAGAUCGACAUCUAUUUUGUUCGUGACUUWGUAAUUUCAGGACAACUAAGAGUACAACACUUACCGUCGACAGCCCAGAUCGCAGACUUCCUCACAAAGCCGUUGUCUCCCACGAGAUUUCAUGCCCUAAAAACCAAGCUCAAUGUUCGUGCUUCCAYUGSCAUUGGCUUGAGGGGGGUGUUAAGAUUAAUCAUUGAUGGGUUUUAA